AUGAGCCUGAUCUUGUUCCCUGAGGCAGUCAUAAAAAGACGACGGCGACUCGGACUGCCUGCCUGGCUUAUACACAGCCUCAGCUGCACGCACUUCCUUCGACAAUGUCCACCACUGCUAGUGGUGAUACAAGAGUGGACAAAGGAGGACGCUACUGACGGUCGAAACACCCUCCCGGCGUCCGUAGAUCUCUUCAAGGCCCAGCGCACCAUCUUGGCUGCCUGCGGCUCCUUCACUGAAAUUUUACAAGUGCCCCAGAGACGCAUCCUAGAAGUUGCGAACCAAUACUUUGAGGCUCGGGCGUUGCACAUCGCGGUCGAGCAUCGUGUCGCCCGUCACCUUGCCAAGGUCGACCAGGCUGUAGGAAUGCCCAUCUCUGAGCUCAGCAAGGCCACAGGUCUCCACCCGGAAAAGCUUUCGCGCAUCAUGCGGGCCCUCUGCUCCAUGCACAUCUUCGCCGAAGUUCAAGACGGAUCUUUCGCCAACAACACCGUCAGCGCGGCACUCGCCACCAACGAGGCCCUUGAAGCACAUGUCCUCUUAGUGGCUUGGGUUUAUCAUCCGGCCUCGGCAAAGCUGCUGGAGAUUGUCGGUGAUCCUGUAAAGGGUUGGUCCAAUUCUGCGACCGAUUCCGCUUUCCAGGAGGGACAUGGAACCAAGCUAUCUUUCUGGGACUGGCUCGAAGAAGGAAUUAUACAGCCCGACGGUUGCGUCAAACCGCGGCCCGCCCUGGAACAGUUCACUGUCUCAAUGGCUAAUAAUAGUGGCCUCCUCGGAACCCCGCCCUUCUACUACUUUCCAUGGGAAUCGCUCAGCUCUGCAACAAUGGUUGAUGUAGGCGGUGGCGUUGGUGGAAUGAGUUUCGAUCUCUGCAAUCACUUCCCACUCCUCAAUUUCGUCGUCCAGGAUCGCCCUGCCGUAAUCGAGAAGGCUGAGCCAGUGUGGCUGCGCGAACGGCCAGAAGCGCUCAAAGCUGGCCGCGUUAAAUUCAUGCCCCACGACUUCUUCACGGAGAACCCCGUGAAGGGCGCCGACGUGUACCUCCUGCGCCACAUCCUCCACGAUUGGGAAGACGACCGCUGCGUCGACAUCCUCUCCGCCCUCCGCUCCGUGCUCUCCCCGCACUCGCGCGUGCUCGUGGUUGACUUGGUGAUGAACACGACGCUGGGCUGCCCCGAGAUACCGUCCGCGCCGUUUCCGCUUCUUGCAAACUACGGCACUUCUAUCCGCUUCGCUCACGAGUCUGACCUGAAGAUGAUGUCCCUGGUCAAUGGCGCGGAGCGCGUCCCGGGCGAUGUCCUGUCGAUCGCUCAGCGGGCGGGGCUCGAAGUCACCCGCAUCUGGGAGUGCCCCGGAGACUGCGUCAUUGAGAUGCGGUUGCCGACCGUGAGACAGUAG